UGUGAGCAGUGCCAAGGAAAACACGUGUUUCAGAUCCGCAAACCAGAUUGUAUAUAAUUUAGGCAAUUCGCGUUAUUUGAUUGAUGCAUUCCAAUCAAACUAAAAAUCAGUGAUAAAUACACUAAUUGCAAACGUGUGUCUGAAGUGAAAAUAAUGAUUAUUGAAAUUACAACAGCCUGGAAAUAUUGAAGGUGAAUAGCUCUUUAUACUCUAAGGAGUAGCUCUGUCUCUAUCCUAGGGAGUUUUGAGCGCCGCCAUCUAAUUUCGGAACACACUCACAAUCUCCAGUCAUGGCAAUUUGCUGCGAUAAAUACGCUCUGCAUUACCGAGUGCUUUCGUGACGCAUUACAGGGUGCAGACGAAAAUACCGGUUAAAAAUGUCGAAUUCGCAUUUAUUUAUGAAAACGGGGUUUCCCCGUGCAGCAUUGAACAAUGGUAUUGGACGUUACGUGUGUCAACUGCAACGUGUUACAAUAAAAUUCUGCAAAAGCAAUGGAUCGAGCCGUGGAGUGCGAGAUUUCCUCGAACACGAUCUUGUAAAUUUCGCCAAGGAGAAUCCGGGAAUCGUCGUAUACGUAAAACCUCGGAGGCAUAGGACACCUGCUCUGAGUGCUGAAUACCUAAAUGGAGAAAAGCAGUUGCUAUUCUGCAGAAAUUAUACACGGGAGGAAGUUAACAAAUGGUUGGGGUUACUGCGAUCGCAAGUACGUGACACUUCGGCUAUAAGACUUAGGAAAAUGUGGCACACGGAUAAUCCUUCCAUCCAGGGACCUUGGACACCUUGGACAUUUAGAGACCCUGCUCAGAAUCUGGUUGAAUUUCCCGAUCCCAAGUUAUUCAAGAUGGAGACCGAACAACAAACAGCCACAGAAAAGUUACUGGAGAUAUUUAAAGCUCAACAAGAAGCUGAAAGAAAAAGAGCGAAUGAAACGGGAUAGUUUUUUAAUAUAUGAACUGUACAACAUUAACUUUAGAUAUCAUAAGUAUCGUAGGUGAAGAAAUUUAAAAGAAAUAAAUAAAUGUCACGUCGGUAGCGGA